CCACAUGGAAUAUGCUUGUGUAGAUACUUAUACAUGCCUAUGUCACUGUGAUUGUAACCAGUGUGGAGAUGAUGUUCUGCUAGUAGUGCCCCAAAGCAGUUUACUAGCGGUCUUAUCGCUGCCUGGCCGAGUACUUGGUUAACAGUUUAAUAGUUCACUUGUACAAUUCAACAAUCCGUUUAUUAUAAUCUUAAUAAAACAAGCCAAAACAAUAACAACAACAAAAAUUUACAACUACUGUGCUACGUGCGGAUACGCAACACUAGUACGCUUCUUAACGAAUAUACCAAAUUAUCUUUUUCAACGCCACCGCUUUUGAGUGAGCUGAUGACCAACGGCUAAUAAGACGCUCACUACAUCAACAUAGUUUGUAUUUGUAAUGUACAUAUGCACAUACAUAAGCGUGUUAACAGAACCACAUUAAAAAUAAACACAAUUUUGUGUCGAAUAUAAAUACCAGCUCCGAUUUGCAUCUCGAUAUCAGUUCAAAUUCGGCUAUAGCUACUCGCGUACUCGCGGAAUCAUCCACUUCUACGCGUUGUUAAAUUUUUCGAUUUAUUCUUUCGCUGCUGUUAGUUCAACAAAGUGUGUGAAAAUAUGAAGAUCCUGAUUGUCCUGUGCGCGGUAGUGGCAGUAGCUUCGGCUGGUUUCAUACGCAGCGGUUGGUCUGGCGGUUCUGGCGGCUGGGGUGGUUCUGGUGGCUGGGGUGGUUCUGGCGGCUACGGAGGCGGCGGCUAUGGAGGUGGUGGCUAUGGAGGCGGUGGCUAUGGAGGCGGCGGCUAUGGUGGUGGUGGCGGUUAUUCUUCGCCUAAAAUCAUUAAAGUGAUUACCUUGAGCGGCGGCAGCGGGGGCGGCGGCUGGUCGUCUGGUGGCAGAGGCUGGAGUGGUGGUCACGGCGGUGGUGGUGGCUGGAGCGGUGGAUAUGGUGGAGGAAGUGGUUGGUGGUAAAAGGGACUUUAAAACUCAGUAACCAAGGUCGAAUGAAUUUACGAAUUCCAUGUGUAGUGAAUUUGUUUUAGCAAUUAAAGUUUUUAUAUAUUUUUUCAUAAAUAAAAUUUGUUUUCCGAUGGAUUAUUUAAAUA